AACUUUUGAUUUGACGUCGUACACACUGGGACGGCAAGAAAGUUGAUUUUGAAUUUAUUAAGAUGUUUUGAAUUCGCAAUAAUAAAAUUAAUUUCUUUUUAAAGAAUGGCUACGCUUAUUCAAUCAUACGAACAACAAUAUUCAGUUCUCACAGCUGAUAUAACUGCUAAAAUUGGACGUUUAAAAUCAAGCAAUGAAGAAAACCGAGAGCAGUUGUCUAGGGAGAUACAAGCAAAUUUUGAAGAAGCAAAUGAUUUGUUGGAGCAGCUGGAGUUAGAGUCCAGAAGCGCGGGCGGCGCAUCCCGAGUGGCGGCGUACCGCGCCGAGUUGCAGCGAGUGCGCGACGAGUACCGAUCAGUAGUCGCUGCUAAUUCCACGGGCUACAAUGUGGACACAGAGGAAGUGUACGACGAGUGGAGCGCGAACGAGCAGCGUCAGAAGCUGCUGGACAACACGGAACGACUGGAGCGCACCGGCAAGAAUCUAUCGGAAGGGUACCGGGUCGCUAUAGAAGCGGAGCAGACGGGCGCCGCCGUGCUGCAGGAGCUCAGCGGGCAGAGGGAGACCAUACAGCGAGCCAGGUCCAGGAAUCUAGCGGAGCGGUACCGGGUCACCAUCGAGGCGGGACAGUCAGGAGCUCAGUGUAUAAAGGCAGACCAUACAGCGAGCCAGGUCCAGGUUGCGCGAGACCGACGAGCAGCUGACCCGGUCGGGGCGCCUGAUCACGCGCAUGGUGUCGCGCGCGCUACAGGAUCGGUUCGCGCUCGCGCUCGUGUUCGCGGCGCUCGCGUUGCUCACUUGCACCGGCCUCUAUUUCUCUGUUACCUAACCGAUUACACCGUCACGACACGAUUCCAAUAG